ACGAAAGUAAAAGUCAAAUGCAUGAAAUCUUAAUGAAAAUUACGUGAAAAUGUUGUUUAAUUUAAGGUCCUGUUUCUUCAUCCUUCACCGCAAUUUCUCAAAAUGGAAAAUCCCUGUUGGAACCGACACCGUUUAUGAUUCAGCUCACAUUGGACAUGCCAGUACUUACGUUCGAGUGGAUAUUUUGCAGCGAAUUCUAAAGAAAUACUUUCACGUUAACCUCAUCAGUGCCAUGAACAUCACGGAUAUCGAUGACAAAAUUAUUAAAAGGGCUCUCCAGGAUCAAGUUUCGUUUCAAGACGUGGCGCGAAGGUACGAAAGUGAAUUUUGGGAUGAUCUUAAGUUGCUGAAUGUCACACCGCCCGAUAUCAAAGUUCGAGUUUCUGAAAGUAUGGAUUUGAUAGUGGAUUUUGUGAAGCAAUUGUUGGCUCGAGAGGCAGCUUAUGUCGCAAAUGAUGGUUCUGUGUAUUUCAAAACAAAGGAAUUUAGUCGAUAUGGAAAAUUACAACGCAUUUCCGACACCACAAUCACCACCGAAGAUGAUCCAAUGAAAAACCAUGCUACAGAUUUUGCACUUUGGAAGGCAGCAAAGCCAGGAGAGCCUUUUUGGGAGACUCCUUGGGGCACGGGGCGACCUGGAUGGCACAUAGAAUGCUCUGCAAUGGCUAGUUUUGUGUUUGGAAACUCAAUAGACUUCCAUGCUGGUGGCUUAGAUUUGAAAUUUCCGCAUCACGAGAACGAAGAAGCUCAAAGUUGUUGUUUUCACAAGACCGAUCAAUGGGUCAACUAUUGGAUUCAUACGGGACAACUACGAUCCACGGGAGAUCAAGCAAAAAUGUCAAAAUCUUUGAAAAAUACAAUUUCGGUGAGGGAUUUGUUAAAAACCUGUACUUCAAAUCAAUUUCGAAUGUUAUGCUUGUUAUCGCGAUAUCACUCUGCCAUUGAAUUUGGAGACGAAACGACAAAAUCAGCCAAAGCAGUUCUGCAUCGUAUGACAACUUUUAUUGCAGACUCUCGAGCUUAUGUGAACGGAGAAAAGCCGUUAGUUAAUUUCGAUGUUGAAAAUUUAAUUCAGUUGCGGCAAGAAACUGAACAAAAAAUUAUCGAACUUUUCAAGGAUGACUUCAAUACGCCAAAAGCUAUCGAGUGUUUGUUGAAUCUUAUAUCAGAAACAAAUAGAAUAAUCAAUUCCAAGGACACUUUCGGUGAUUCUACUGGCACUUCCAAUAUUGUUAUCAUUCAAGAUAUUCACAAUUUUGUUGUUAAUUUUCUGGAAAAUUUGGGAUUUCAAUUGAAAAGCACAAAAUCUGUCGCGGUUGAAAGAAAUAUUGAAGAUAAGUUAAUUCAGUCGUUGAUUGAUGUCAGGCAGGAAAUAAGAGCAACCGCAAUUAGAGAUAAAAAUAAAAGCUUAUUUGUAAUUUGUGAUAAAAUUAGACAACAAUUGUUAGAAAAUGGCAUUGAAAUCAAAGACCAUGGGAAAAAUACUUCUUGGAAAUAUGUUGAAGAAUAA